CGCGGGCCCUGAAGGGGGGCCGGGGCGGUUAAACCCUGGCUUAUUGCACAAACCAGGAUGGAUGGGCCCCCUAAGCCAGAGUGAGCCGGGUUCGCGCGACGCGCUAAAUGAGAGCCGGGCAAACCCCUGUUUGGGCCGGGCGUGCUGCGAAGGGGGUUGCCUCGGUAAAAUGGGAAUUAUGGGCUGAAGCCGUGCUUUAUUCCCGAGAUUAACAAGCCGGAAGCUUUUCAUGAUAGCCGUUUUUACGUACGGCCAGAAGACCUGAGUAUUUGUUAUUUGGGGCUGAAACCCUGCAAUUGAUUCCUGAGAUUGACCUGCCAGAAGCUUUUUAGGAUAACCGUUUUUAUUUACAGCCGGAUGACCUGGAUGGAUGGAUAGAUAUGCAUUCGAUUUAUAUAGCCGCUCAUCUCACAUCUGACUCUGGGCAGCUGACAGUAAGAUGGAUAAAAUAUAGAAUAGAAAACUAAAACACAUCACAGCCAGGCAUUAUCCAAACAACUAUCAACACGAUCAAAGAACUCUCAACGGUUAAUGUGUACACCGCCCAGAGUCGCUAUGUGAGAUGGGCGACUAGGUGAAUGUAAUAAAUAAAUGAAAUAAACACAGCCAGGAGACAGGGUUUGACACACACACCAGCGGGGCCCCAGGCUUGGGCACAAAACCCAGUUUUCAAGGCCUUCCUCUUUAAUUUUGCUUAUUAAUUUGGUAGGUUUGUAUCCCGCCAUUCAGGAGCAAAAAAAGGCAUCUAUGGUGUUUUUUCCUCCUCUUUUUCUCAGUGGGAUUGUAUGAUUGCCUGCCCCAAAUAGCGUUUUGCUGGGCUUUUUGACCAGAUGAAAGAUCUGCAAACUUCCGUCCAUUCUUUCCCUUAGUUUUUAUAUCAGGGCUAAUUCAUAUGGUGCUAUAUUCUGUUAUUCCAAGAUUUGGGUUAUUCCUGGCCCUCCAGAUGCUGCUGAGUUACAAUUUCCAGCUUCUCUCCCCAGUGACCCUACUAGCUAGCGUUUCUCAUAUUUGGUUUGUGUUUUGAGCAAGAGAGGAGUCCCUGGGGGGAACUUUGACUCUAAAUUAUGUAGACUUCAAAGAUCACGGCCCAUGCUUUGAAACUGCUUGCAAUGAACUACCAGCUGAUAGAGCUCUAGAACUCAGACAAGAUCUCAGUAAGAUACUUGCUGAUUAUUAGUCAAGUUAAAUUUGCGACCUCUCAUCAAAAUCUCCUAAUGCAAUGUCUCAAAGCGACCGCCACCUUCGCUGUUCUUGUCUGGUGUUAACCUGUUUGUGUCUUCCUUAUAGCCAUGACCAUGCAGUUCAUCAGUCAUCGUUUCCCAGAGGAUCACGAUCCCACUAUCGAGGAUGCUUACAAAAUGCGGAUCCGGAUUGAUGACGAACCUGCUAAUCUGGAUAUUUUGGACACUGCAGGCCAGGCAGAAUUCACUGCUAUGAGAGAUCAGUACAUGCGAGCUGGUGAAGGGUUUAUCAUCUGUUAUUCUAUCACGGACCGCCGAAGUUUUCACGAAGUGCGCGAGUUUAAACAGCUCAUCUACCGUGUCCGGCGUACGGAUGAGACUCCGGUGGUUCUCGUGGGCAACAAGUCUGAUCUAACUCAACUCAGGCAGGUCUCCAAGGAAGAAGGUUCAGCUUUGGCCCAAGAAUUUGGCUGCCCUUUCUUUGAAACCUCCGCUGCCUUCCGCUACUAUAUCGACGACGUGUUUCACACGCUUGUCCGGGAGAUCCGGCGGAAGGAGAAGGAAAUCAUCAUGGCGUUGGAGAAGAAGUCUAAGCCGCGCCCAAGUGUUUGGAAAACCCUGAGAUCUCCCUUCCGGAAGAAGAAAAAUUCCGUAACCUGAAAGAAAGGGGUCCCUUAGCCAGAGAAGUGAGGAGCCCCACAGAGAGGCAAGGCAGCCGAGCAGCUUUUGAGCCUCUCUUUCUGCUGAGUGUGUGAACUGAACUACUGUUGUGUGCAAAACCCUGGAAGGCCAUCCUUGUCGUGCUGCAGCGUCUGCUUCAAAUUUCUGCCUACCAAGCUGGAGGAGGCUUGACAAGAAGCCAUUGACCUAGAAACUCGUGAACCAUCUUGGCAAACGAGUAACCACCUUCACGCCUCACGAGGAGGCUGACAUUGCUUGAUGCUGUUGCUAAUUUUGUCCGGAUCUGCGGGCCAGCGUUUCAGCCGCGGUUUGGAGGUUUACAGCUUGGCUUUUGAGGGUGGGACGCUGUUUAGAAGAAGCAGUUCAAAUCCUUUAGGCUGUUGGGUGAGGCAAGGGGGCAGAGGGAUACUGUAAACCAAGUUUUUAAAUCUUUAUUCAGUGUAAGGGAUGCAAAUGGACCUUGUUGCUGCGCGGGGCGGUUGUGCCCGUUCUGUAGUACAUGCAGUCUUUACUGUUCUAGACUACGUUCUUCCUCUGUGGCAGCUUCUCUUUCUAUUGCCACCUCUUGGAACUCCUUUAGAAAAGAUGAUUGCUCCCCUCUUCCCCAUGCUUGUGUCUGAAUGCAAAGGUGGGGCUAGGGGUUCAGUUGCAAAGUAUUAACUGCAUGUAGUUUAUGCAACCUUGUUGGGGGCUCGGACCCUGAUUCUGUAACUUAGGCAAGAGCAAGGGAGAGCCGUGGGUUGGGAAGUGACCCAUCUUCUGAGGGAUAACGCUGUGUGGCUGGUAAAUGAUAGGAAGGGGUUCCGAGAGGCAAUAAGAGUGUGUGAUUUGGAGCGUGUUGGAAAGUUGGAGAGUGGUAGGGCAUGUCGUAUUCAGUGAUGAAUUGGAAUUGGGAGGUAGUUUGCAAACCUCGGGGGGAGGUACAUACUUCGCUUGUGAAGAGUCCAGGGCCCAGUUUGUGGCCUCACUCAUGAGGGGUGUUGGUAGCAGAGUCUUGAGAGCUAUUGUGGCCAUGCUGGGCUAAGGGCCCCAGACCACCUCAUCUGCUUUUAUUACAGCAAUCCCCCCCCCCCUAAAAGCAUUUGGGUCAAGUUUUCUCCUGGGGUCCCUUGUGGAUGGGCACCGAAGUGGAGCCCACAUGAAUGAAUAUGGAAGAUUUGGUACAGCGAGUUCUUUGUGCGGGAUGCUUGCAAGGCGGAAUGGGAGAGGCUCACCUUGAAAUGGAGCAAAGGUUGGGUAGAAGGUAAGAGGAGUGUGUGUCUCAGAGGUCUUUCAAUUGUGCAAGUUAUAGUUAAUCAGUCCCCCAGUCAGUCUCUUCAAUUUUUUGAGCCUUGACAAAAAAUAAAUUGCUUUAAAUUGAAUUAACUCUUAAAAACCAGGGGUCUCCUGUCUUGGUGUCUUGCCUGGAUCCCUUUUUUCCUGUCUAGUAGCCAUGACACGUUGUGGGGCAAUUUUUACAAAGCAAAGUAUUGUAAGCUGCGUGUGUUUACAGGGGGGUCAGAUAGGAAAUACAACAGCCCCUUGCCAAGCUUCUUACUGUUCCAUUUAAAGAAUGACAGAAAAUAUGGAACUUAUUACUUCCAUAAGAGACUAAACAAGCAUUAGACAUUUCUUCUAGGUAAAUUUUUUAUUGCUCUUGGAUUUCCAAAUGUUACCAAUUAUAGUGUUUUAUAUAUGUAUGUAUUUAUAGACUCUUACUGCGAAGUUUGAUAGUCGGGGAGGGGGAAAAAAUCACAUUCCAUUUAACAAGGAUUAUUUUGAAUGUAUUUUAUUGACUGUAGCAAUAUAUGGUGUAUUUAAAAUUAGUAAAUUAACUUUAUGAACAAUGCUGGAUACUUUCCAUAACUAUUAAUUUAGGAGCAGAUUGAAUCUAAUUUUAAUACGUUUGGUUUCAUCACAUAUCUGUAUAAUGUGGUAGAUAUAUCUUUUUUUUUUUAA